AACGCCUCGCCGGCGCCCGCCUAAACCCUACUAGCAAGAGCCCUCCCCGCCCCCGCCGCACGACCAACCCCACCACCCCCCGCGCGGCGAGCGAACAGUCAACUGUCCCCGGCGCCGGCGGCCAGCGAGGAUGGGUCGCGAGAAGUCCCGGAGGCUCUCGGGCAGCCGAGACUUCCGGCAGCGGCUGGUGUUGGCGACGCUGACCUCCACCCCCAUCAUCAUCAAGGACAUCCGCGCCGGCGAGGGGGGCCUCCGCCAGCACGAGAUGUCCCUCCUCCACCUCCUCGACAAGGUCUCGGACCAGCACGUCAUCGACGUCAACGACACAGGCACGAAGGUCGGGUACAAGCCCGGGGUGGUCCUCGGCGGGAAGGACCUGGAGCACGACUGCGGGGUGCACCGCGGGAUCGGCUACUUCAUUGAGCCGCUCAUCCUGCUCGGGCUCUUCGGCAGGUCGCCCUUGUCCAUUCGGCUCAAAGGAAUCACGAAUGAUACAAAGGAUCCUUCUGUGGAUACUUUCCGGAUGGUUACGUUGCAUAUGCUCAAGCAUUUUGGUGUUCCUCUUGAGGGACUGGAGCUCAAAAUUGAAAACAGGGGAGCUCCUCCUCGUGGUGGUGGUGAAGUGCUUCUUCGAGUUCCCAAUAUAAACAGUACAUUAAAGGCAGUUAAUUGGAUUGAUGAAGGAAUGGUAAAGAGGAUAAGAGGUGUAACAUUCUCAACUAAUGUAUCUCCACAGAUUGAAAACCGUAUCCUCUAUGCUGCACGUGGACUCUUCAAUAAGUUUAUUCCGGAUGUUCAUAUCUUCACCGAUCAUAGAGCUGGUUUAUCUGGUGGAUUGUCAGCAGGCUAUGGCGUAUCAGUGGUUGCUGAGACCACAACAGGCUGUCUGAUUUCUGCAGAUGCUACUGUGAGUUAUCCCAAUGUUGAUGAAAUGAGUGAACAAUCUAAGAAGCCUGAGCUAAUGUCUCCAGAGGAUCUUGGUGAGCAAGUUGCAUCGAUGCUGCUAGAAGAGGUGGCUCAAGGAGGAGUUGUUGACUCAACACAUCAGAGCCUUCUGUUCAUGCUGUGCGCUCUAUGCCCGCCUGAUGUGUCAAAGGUUCGCGUGGGACAGCUGACACCGCACGCUAUAGAAUCACUUCGAAACAUCAAGGAGUUCCUUGAUGUCAAGUUCAUCAUCAAGCCCGACCCAAACUCAAACACGGUCACUCUAAAAUGUGUUGGUGCGGGAGUGAAGAAUCUUGCUCGGAAGAUUUCAUAAACAGAACUAUCAUGAACCUCAUCUAGGAUGGAAAACAGUGUUUUGGAACCGCAAAACAAGUAUUUUCAAGUUUUGUUGCAAGUGUGUCGUAGAUCUUCUUCCCUGUAGUAGUUUUGAUGUAAGCUAGUUGAUCCAGAAUGGAUUUGCCUGAUCGUAUUAUCAUGUACCCUCCUGAGAAAACAUGGGUGUGAGCUUUCCAUUUGAGAUCACACAUUUGAUGUGCUUUUACUUCUUA